AGUGCCCAUCAAUGCCACCUGUCAGGGCCCAUCAAUACCACCUGCCAGUGCCCAUCAGUGCCACAUCAAUGCCACAUAUCAGUGCCUACCAGUGCACAUCAAUGCCACAUAUCUGAGCUGCCUUUCAGUGCCACCUAUCAGUGUCAGUCAGUGCCACCUAUCAAUGCCAGUCGGUGCCGCCUAUCAGUGCUGCCAAUCAUCAGUGCCGCCUAUCAGUGCUGUCAGUGCUGCCUAUCAGUGCCGCCUAACAGUGCCAGUCAGUGUCACCUAAAGUGCCGCCACCUACCAGUGCCUCCUCAUCAGUGCCCAUCAGUG